AGUGGACAGGAGAGGGUUUCUCCAGCAAGGUACCGUGUCAUUCAGUGCAGACUACAGAAAUCAGAUUUAGUCGUAAACGGUGAUACACUUUGAUCAGACAUGUUUGUAAUUAGAUAUGGAUAUGGGUGUAAUGAACAAAUCUAGGUCAAACCAAUAGUUUAGUAUUUCACAGACACACUGUAAUAACCAUGCAGUGUUAAAGCUAGUUAUUUACCAUCAAACAAGCACUGGAAAAAUCAAGACACAUUAUCCACCAGUUGCCACACACCCGAGCUGCCGCCUUUGUGUGAAAAUCUAUCCUUGUCACUUGGGCAAACAUGUGGGGGGAUGAGGAUUGUAGCCUCUCCCAUACAAAGGGAAGUGAUAGUUUGGAUCUAGGAAGACACACAAAGAUGUUUAGACCCUCAUGCAGAAGUUCAAGUCCAUUUUCUCUCACGGACCUUGACAUGUGGGACACCAAAUCUCACUUUACAGCCACGACCUCAGCAUGGAAUGGUAUGGAAACUGUCUCUGGGUCAGGGUUUCUGGCCAAAGUCAGCACAAGUACAUCAGGCAGCACCAGUGGCUUCAGACAGAAUGAUCCAGGUCUAAAGAGGUGGCAGUCAUUGUCCCAUCAGGCACCUGAGGGUGCUACACGGUCUUUUCCUCCAUCUCCAGGGGCUGAAUUACAAAGUGCCCGAGGUGAAAGUAGCUUGAGACAAGCAGAGCUGGUGCAAUGGCUGCAGGAUGAGCGCAUAGACACUCAGCUGGACCGGCUGAGGGCCAGAGAUGCACAGCUGAGCUACAACAUAACUACUGCACAGCUACUUGACAUGAAAUAUAAGCAGCUGUCAGAAGCAAUGAGCACUCUUGAGCAGGAGAAGGAGGCAGUCGAAUUAUCCCGAUUUGACAACAACCAACAGCGUAGAGAGCUCCAUGAAAAGGUCCUAAAGCUGGAGAAGGAGCUGCUGCAAAUGAGGUCUACUUUGGACAGAGGUGGCAUUGAUCAACCAACUGAAAGAACUCCUGGUUCACUUAGCAAAACAUUACCAGUAAGCCAAGAAGACUUGAACAGACAGGGGAAGCCGGAGGUUGACACAGAGCUGUGCAAGCUGAGAGAGGCUCUGAAAGAGGCUGAGACAAAGGCAAAAACAAAAGAAGAAGAGCGAAACCAGGCACUCCAGCAACUCCAGACUUCAAAUGAGACACAGAGGACACUGUUGAGUCAAAUAGAGGAGAUGAACCAGAGGCUCAGCCAAGCUGUAUCAAAUCACUCUGAUGUGCAAGAACAGCUGAGUGAAGCUAACAACAAAAUCAGCCAAGGCUGCCUGGAAAAAGCCAUCUUGUCAACUCAAGUGCUAAAGCUGGAGGAUAAUACAAAAGAGCUGAAAGCCAAACUGACAGUGGCUCUGUCUGACAAAGUUCACCUGAUCAAGGAAAGAGCAGAUCUGCACCAGAGGGCUCAUGUCCUGGAGCUCUAUCUGAAGAGGACACAACGAAGUUCAGAGGUCUUUGAGAUCCAUGACCAUCUGGCUAAUGAAGAGUCUCACAACUACAAACAGGAUCAGGAAAAUGUUCUUACAAAGGAUGGAUCAAAGGCUCUCAGAGAGCUAAAUGAAAAGCUGACAUGUGAGCUUGAAAUGAUCAAACGGAAGCUAGAGAUAUCACAGUCUCAGCUACAGCAGCUAACAGCAGAGAGGGCUGUCAUCACCAAACAGAUCACAGAUCUGGAGACAGCACGCUCUGAGUUGAUCAGACAAAAAGAGGAACUGCUGAGCAAAAUGAAGGAAGGUGGACAUGAGAUGAAGGAAAAGUGCAGCCAGCUCAGGAAAUCUGUGGAAGUUUUGGAAUUAGAAAAACAGAAGCUGCAAAAUCAGUGUCUGUGUUUGGAGGCUGAGGUCCGCGAGAAUGAGGAGAAGCUAAACCUGUUGGAGAAGGAGUAUCGGAAACAAGAUGCAGUUAAAGUCCAAAACAUCGAGGAGCUAAUAGCUGUGGCCUCACACUGGGCUGAGAAAUGGCAAAAGGUGGCUUUGACCCUACAGUCCACACAAGAGGAGCUAGAAGAACUCAAGAAGAACAACUCCGGAAAUGAAAGGGAAUCUGACUCACUGCUGAGGGUUGAGCUUGACACAUGUAAACAGGAGCUGGAGCUGGUCGGGAGCAGGAGUCAGGUGCUGCUUCACAGAUAUGAGGUUGAAGGUGGUGAAACUGUGCUGAAUCGGGAUAAAGAGACCUUGACAGACUUAUCAGAAUCCCCUUUGUUAUGGGAGCCACCAUCAGACUCCUACAGCUGCCAAAUCAAAUCCCCGCAGGUGUGUAUACAAAGCAGUGAGGUUCAAAGGCUGAAGGAAAAACUGUCAGAAAGAGAGAGGGAACUGAAGGAAAAGGAAGAUGCUUUGAAGAGUCUAGAGAGGCUGAGAGAGUGGGAAAAAACUGAGGCUCGGAUCAAGUUUUCUGCUCUGGAGCUCAAGUUCAUGAAAAAGGCCUCUGAAGACAGUCAAGAUGGUGAGGGCCGAUCGAAUGUCUCAACCACUGACUCACUGCGGAUCCAGCUGGAAGAGAACAGGAGGAGGGCAAAUCAGCUGCAGCAGGAGAAAAUGCUGGCAAACCAGAAGCUUCAAACACUAAAGCAGAUUUACUCGGUUAAAGAUGAGAAACCGCCUGUUGAUGCCAGGAAGGAUAAAACUGUCUGUGCAGUUAAUCUAGAGACAGUCCAGCAUAGGAGAAUGGUCCCUGAGCAGAUGUCAGGUGUGAGUCGCGCAACAAGCAAUCUGAAGGCAAGAAAUGAGAAUCUGCUGCCAGCCGUAAGGUUCAAGCAGCCAAUCCAGGAUCUUCACACUGCAGCAGAAAAAAUUUCAGGCAAAUCUUCGGAUGCUGAAGUGCCAAUCCUAGCUCACUGUUCAGAUGAGUGUGACCUGCAGCGGAGGACACCUUCCCUCUAUCCUGAUGGAAUAUUCCAGGCAGAGCUUGUAGAUAUCAGUAGCCCCGAUGAAGAUGAAGAGGAGGGAGAGGACAAAUGAGGUGUUUUCGUGAAAACUUGCAUUUGGCAAGACUUGCUAUAUCCGAGUCUAUACAUUGACAGGUCAUUAGAGGGCGCUGCA